AUGCGCUUCGGUCGAACCCUUCGCGAGUCUGUCUACCCGCCAUGGAAGGACAAGUACAUCGAGUACGCAAAGCUUAAGAGCUUGCUGAGGGAGGAUGUUGCCGAUGAUGAUAACCAGCCAUGGACCGAGGAAGACGAGACUCGUUUCUGCGAGGAGAUCUUCAACAACCAACUCGAAAAGGUUGCCCAAUUCCAAGAGCAGCGCUUCAAUGCUCUCAAGGAGCGGGUUGAGUCUGCUUUUGAUAAGCUCAAGGAAUUGGCCCCCGUCGAGUCAUCAGAGGAGGAUGGCGGCCCUUCCAAAGGCGACAUCUCGGCUACACGCCUGCGCGCUCUCGAGUCCGAACUCGACGAGAUCACUAAUGAGGUCCGUGAGCUCAAGAAGUACAGCCAGAUCAACUACACUGGUUUCCUCAAGAUCAUUAAGAAGCACGAUCGCAAGCGAGGAGACCGCUACAAGGUCCGCCCCAUGAUGCAGUUGAGCCUGUCUCAGCGACCUUUCAACUCCGAGACUGGCUACUCUCCCCUCCUCAACAAGCUCUCCAUUAUGUACUUUGCUAUCCGGCAACAACUGGAGGAGAACGGAGAGCAGCUUCCACCCCUGGACCUGGAGUCCCAAGGCGAGACGCAUAACGGCGAGCGCUAUACAGCUCACAAGUUCUGGGUUCACCCCGACAACUUACUCGAGGUCAAGACAGUUAUUCUUCGACAUUUACCGGCCCUCGUCUACAGCGAACAAUCUGCCAAGGAGCUUGAUGGCAGUGAUUCGCCUUCCAUCACUUCUCUCUACUUUGAUAAUAAGAAGUUUGAGCUUUAUGGCGAAAAGGUUGACCGCAAGUCUGAAGCAACCUCGUUGCGCCUUCGCUGGUACGGACAGCUGGCCACCCGACCCGAGAUUUUUGUCGAGGAGAAGACCGUCGACGAUAAGGGCAGUCAGGACUUGAAGUUCUCCAUCAAAGACAAAUAUGUCAAGUCGUUUGUUGACGGCGAAUACAAAACCGAAAAGGCUGUUCAAAAGCUGAAGCGACAGAAUUUUACCCCCGAAAAGAUCCAAGAGUACGAACAGACGGUUAGCACCAUCCAGAAGUACCUUAAGGAGAAGAACCUUAGCCCAGUUCUCAGAGCCAACUACGUCCGAACGGCCUUCCAGAAGCCUGCUGAUGAUCGAAUUCGUAUUGCUAUCGAUACCAACGUGGCAUUCAUCCGGGAAGAUACGCUUGAUCGUAGCCGCCCCUGCCGUGACCCGAACGAGUGGCACCGCCUGGAUAUUGACGAGAGCGCGAUGACCUAUCCUUUCAAGAACAUCAACCAGAGUGAGGUCAACCGUUUCCCAUAUGCCCUUCUUGAGAUCAAGUUGAAGGAGGACGGCAUGCGAAAGCGACCUACAUGGAUCGAGGACUUGAUGGCAUCUCACUUGGUUCACCCUACACCACGCUUCUCCAAGUUUGUGCAUGGCAUUGCGGUUCUCUUCGAGGACUACGUUAACAGCUUGCCCUUCUGGCUCAGCGAUCUUGAAUCUGAUAUCCGAAAAGACCCUCAGAAGACUUUUGAGGAAGAGGAGCAGCGACGUGCCCAGCGACAUGAGGAUGUCAUGGCUGUAGGCAGUCUCAUCGGAGCUGGAGCAAAGUCAGGAUCCUACAAGCCUACACAAAGCUCGCCAGUAAGCAAGUCGUAUUUGGCAGACCGCAUGUCUAGGGACUCGAUUGCCCAAACACUUAACAGGCAGGCAUCCGGGCCUGCGAAUGGAGAAGAGACUGGAGAGGGUAGCGGCCAACGUCAGGAGGAGCAGGAAAGGUCAUACGGGACUCUGUCUUCUGUUAUCCCUGGCUUCUCGUUAUCCAAGUACUCCCGGGCUAAGCGAGCCUCUCAACAACCACUCCCAGAAGGCGUGGUAGCACCUACAGAAUGGAUCAAGAAUAUGGGUGAGCUCAAGGUCGAACCCAAGGUUUGGCUUGCCAAUGAGCGAACGUUCCUUAAGUGGCAGCACAUUUGUAUCCUUCAGGGUGGUCUGGCUGUUGGUCUGUACACCGCUGCUGGAGAAAACACAAUUGCUUCUAUUAUUGGGCUCUUGUUUGUUCUCAUUGCUAUAUUCGCUGGCGGUUGGGGCUAUGCUAUGCUGAGAAUCCGACGAACCAUGAUUGUGGAGCGAAGCGGUAAGGAUUUCGACAACAUGAUCGGACCCAUGAUUAUUAGCGCCUCAUUAAUGAUUGUCCUUAUUCUCAACUUCUUCUUUGCGUGGCGAGAGGCUUAUGGACGAUUCAAUGAUGGUAAGCAUGGUGCGGGAGAGUUUCUGUCGGAAGAACUCAAGUGA